GCAACGUUGCGGGCGCGGGGAGGCCGGGGCGGCCCUGGAGCCUCUUCCUUUACAGGCCCUUCAGACUCCCUGCGGCUUGCCUCACCCGUUAUCCCUUGCCCCAGGUGGUUGUGGCUGGUAGACUUGCCUUUCAGUGCUUUCAACAAAGGCUGCCCAGGAGGCCACUUCAGCCCUGGGAAAGUUCCAAGUGAGAGAAAACAGAGGACAGGAAGUCCAGUGGUUUGCAGAUGGCCGGGCCUGAGGAGACUCCGCCAGCCCUUCCUCAGGACGAAGGGGGCCAGGAAGCUGAAGCGACGCCCAUCCUGUUGCCCAGCCUGAAGGGCAGCUGCUUCGACCAUCCCCUGCACCAGAGGCUCCUCCAUGCCACCCGGCGCUGCAGCAGUCCUACCUCAGCUCUAACGCCUAAGGUGUCAAAGAAGCCCAAGGUGCAUGCGGCCAGGGACAUGUUCCCCAUUGACUGGAGCCCGCCACCUGUAGAGUUCCUGAACCUGAGGGUACCGCCAGCAGGCAGGGGAACCCCAGGCCCGAGGAGGGUUGAUGCAGUGGGGCCUCACGGCCUGAGGACAUGGGCCCACCAGCUGCCUGACAAGUUAGAGCAGGAGCCCCAGGACUCGGACCCUCAGGGGAAUCUGGCCUCACUGGAGGAGCCGUUCUGGAACAUGGCAGGCCCGAGCCAAAAGGCUGAAGUGAUGGACACCCACACCUUGUUCACCUCUGGGGCCUCAGAGAGCUACGUCAAUAGCUUAGACUACUUACUGCAGGAGAAGUGGGACCAGGCCCUGGAGCAGGAACGAGAGCAGCUGCUUCUGCAUGACCGUCCCCAACUCAGCUUCCUGGAUCUGGAUGAAGAUGAAGUGCCUCUCACACCUGAGCACAGGAUGCUGGUGGAGAAGUUCUCCGUGUCACCUCAGGUCAUCCCGCUGGUGCACCCGGGGGAGACGGUGUUUCUACCCAGGCAUCAGCCCCUGCCCUGCAUCCUGGACCGUUCACAGCUCAAGCCACGGAGCCACCUGGAAGAAUGGUUCCUCAGCUGCCCGCCCACCCAGCAGCUCUCCUUCCUGCACAUGGGCUUCCUGAGCAACCUCUACUUGCACACCCCCGACUGCCCAGUGGCCCUGCUCCGAUGGCUCUUCCAGCUGUUGACAUGGCCUCCAGAAACUUCUUUGGGAGCCUUCAGUCUCCUAUGGGAUCUCAGCGUGGAUGGGCUCUUCCAACAGUCUGAUGGAGACAAGAGAUGGUGGUGCCCCUCGCUGCAAGAGGUCAUGGAAACAUUCCACAGCUUGGGAGCCUGCAGCCCUGCGCUGGACCCCAGUCAGCCCGGUGAGAGAGUGCUUAAAAACGACAUAAACCUGAGCUGGAGUCAGCAGCAGGACAGCCCCCCAGAGACUGCCUUGGACCUUAGCCUAAGCUACAUAUGUAAGUUCCUGGCGCUGUGUGCCCUAGCCCAGCCAACGGCCUACACCGAUGGGGAGCUCUUGGGCCUGAUUGAGCUCCUGUGCCGAGCUGGCCUAGAUGUGGGGCUCCGCCUGCUACCCAAGACUGAUCUUCAGCAGCUUCUGCUUCUGCUCCUGGAGAACAUCCAUGAGUGGCCCGGGCAGCUCCAGCGGCUGUGCUGUACCCUGAGCAAGGUGUCAGAUCACCACCACAACCUGCUGGCCCUUGUGCAGUUCUUCAUGGAUGUGACCUCUCGGAGCAGGCAGCUUCGAAGCCAGCUCAGCCUCCUGGUCAUUGCCCAGAUGCUGGACCAGCAAGAGACGCUUCCUCUCUGGCAAGAGAAGGCCCAGCUGUUUUUGCUCAGCCAGCUCCUGAGUCUCAUGAGGCCAUCAUCCCUCAGGCAGCAUCUGGGCUCUGUGACCUUGCCACCCAGCCAGGAGCAACAGCCAAAGGCCAGUGCUGAGCUAGACCACAAGGCCUGCUACUUAUGCCACAGCCUGCUGACGCUGGCCGGAGUGGUGGUCAGCUGCCAGGACAUUACUCCAGACCAGUGGGGGGAGCUGCAGCUGCUGUGCAUGCAACUGGACCGUCACAUCAGCACCCAUAUCCGGGAGAGCCCCCAGGCCAUGCACCGGACCAGACUCAAGGACCUGGCAGCCCAGACCUAUAUUCGCUGGCAGGAGCUGCUGGCCCACUGCCAGCCCCAGGCCCAGUACUUCAGCCCCUGGAAAGACUAAAAGAGCAGGGCACAGCUGGUCCCCAGCUCUUGGCUCUGGCUGGAAGUGAAUGGGGCUCAAGCAAUAGGAGGAAGCGAAGAACAGAGGCCAGAGGAGGGCCAGUAUGAUGAAAUGAGAGCUUGCUUCCACACUGCCCCUGACCCCCACCGGGCAAUGGAUAUGUCUCCCUGCCUGGCCCACCCCUCAGCCCUCCUUCCCUCCCAGCUGUCUCCUCUGCCCCAAGGCCUUUGUCUCCACUCUCUGGUUUCCCAGGGCCUCCUGGGCCCUCCCCACCGUCCUUCCUCCCUCUGUCACUAAUGUGAGCUUUGUUUGUGCACACUAAAGUCUUAUUUCAGCUUCGGUGGUUUAGAAAAUUUCCUUCAAUCCCUGUCCUGAGGGCUCUUGCCCAGGGUCCAGUUUCCUGACAUCUCUCCACUGGGACUGCGCUGAGUUCCCACCUCUGACAGUCAUGUGACUGGUCCUCUUAGGCUCCUCCCCCUGUCCCAGAAGGCUGUUUGUAAAUCCUGAGGGAAGUUAUUCCUGUCAGAAACACACAGGCAGGAGGGCUAGGGAGCAUGGGUUUGGACCUGGUCUGGGACCAAACCCCCCCACCCACCCCUUACUCACUGCCCUCUCCGGGGACAGUCCACAGACUGAGCUGGUGGGUCAGGAGUGUAAUUACACUUAAUUCAGCUUAUUGUUGAGUUCUGAAAUCAACUCCACAGACUUAGAAAUGGGGAAUGGGGGAUGGAUGGUAGGGGCCAAAAGACAGUUCUGGAUACUGCUGUUGCUUUCCCUCAGCCUUACCCUUGCUCUGAUUCUUAAGGAAGUGCUGGAUGUCUUUGACACACACACACACACACACCCCCGCCUUGAGAAGCAAAUGGGCCCUGAGCAAGCCGGCAAGAUCCUUGGGUAUGCCCAUUCUCUGUCUACUCCUCCAACCCCAAGAAUCCAUUUUAGCAUCAGGUUGGGAGAGGGUUUUGCAGGGUCCAUAAGACAUGGAAAUAGCAGAGGAUCACCCUACACCCCUGGCCCAUGCCCAUUCAUCAGCUCAAGCCGAGCGUGUGCCGACAGCUUCACCAUGGCUGGUGCUUACGACUUUCUCUGUUGAUGUGCCCCUUUCCCUUUUUCUUUUAUGCCACAGGGGCAGGGCAGGCUAACUAGGAGAAAGACUCCCCCCACAUAAAGGACCUUCAGGGCAAGUGGCUCAAUUUGCAGACCUGAAGGGUAGCCCAUCACUUCCUGGGCCUGUCUUAUUUAUUUGUUUGCUUGUUUUGUUUUACUUAAGUACGCUCCACAUCCAGCGUCGAGCCCAACUCAGGGCUUGAACUCAUGACCCUGAGAUCAAGACCUGAGCCAAGAUCAAGAGUUGGAUGCUUAACCUACUGAGCCACCCAGGUGCCCCCCUGGGGCUGUUUUAGACACAGCUGCCUCCCUCACCCAGAAGGCUGGGACCUGGGGCAUCUAUAAUUCAGAGGGCCUGAGCACACAGCCGAGCGCUGCGUGCCAUACCGGUCGUCGCCCUGCCAUGCUCUCUUUGCCAAGUGACAGGUGGAAGAAGUCCUUGGCCAGGGUGACUUGGAUGCCCAGGUGACUUGACCGAGAGUUCUGGUUUCUGUUCCUGGCCACAUCACAGGGCCCCCUGGCUGGGGCACCACGGAGGCCCGAGCGGCAUCAGGUAGGCCUGAGAUGGUCUGAUAAAAGUGAAGGCUCUGGUGAGGUAGCCUCCUUCGUGUCCCUCCAGGCUGCCCCCGCUUCUGACACUGUACAUCCUGACAGCUAAUCCUCAGCUCUUCGGUUUGCUCUGGAAACCUGGAAAUCACCUUUGAAAUUUCCCCUCUUUGUUCUCACUGCCAAGGGCAGAGAGGGAAAGGCCUAAGAGGCUGAACUGGGGAGUUUCCAAUUCUCGAAGCUGCCCCUACCUGGUCUGAGAAAGAGAUCAUGCUGUCUAUCAGCACAGACACCCAGGGCCUUUCUCCCCAGUCCUGGUCCUUGAGCACUGAGCCCUCCUCCCCUGUUCCCCAAACACGCUUGUCCCCAAGGGGGAAACAGAUACCAAGGAGAAAGACGGUGUUGGUGACUACUCAGUCCUUCCAGAGAUCUAGCGGUAACCUGAGCAGAGGGGUAUGCUUCAAGGUCACCCAAGGGUGUCCCAUAUCCCCUGGGACAUGUAAUGGGCCCUCACUGGAACUGGCUAGAGGCUGACCAGAUCUUCUAAAACCAGUCUGGGACCAGUUAGAGACUCAGUCUCCUCCAGGCCAAGAAUUCCACAGUGCUGCUGGCGACUUCACCACUUGCCCUUUCCAGAUCCUUAAGCCCCUGGGAAAAGGCUGAGGGAUAUCCUGAUUGAAGGCCCUGGAAACGCAGCAUCCGGGGCUGUGAUGACGGAUGUUUUCCGGCUUCCUUUUGGUGAUGGUGGCAGGGAGGGGCUGGGAAGGGAAAGGCUUCCCAGGUGGACAGCUUUGAUAACUCUCUUCUAGGAGGAAGUAGAGGAAGUCCUUUUCCUAUGUCCCCACUCACCUCAGUCCCCAGCCCUCCAAAAGAUCCCUGAAGGGUGGCUGACCCAGGCUUUCUCAUUUCCCCCUCUGUGAGCUAACAACAGCUCUCAGAUCCUUUGGAAGUUGGCCAGGAAGUGCUCACUGGAGAACCCCAGUGUGAACCCUGGGCUCCACUCUGGUCUGAAAGCUGCCUUGCAAGAGCUAGUGGUAAGGAGCUCAAGUGAGGGACACCAUGGCACAUGACCAGUGUGUGGGAGAGGGACUGGGAGGUUGACUUUCAGGCAAGACUCCUGGACCCAUCUGUAGGGACUGAGCUGAGUCUGAGCUGAGCUGCCAGUGGAUCCUUGGAGAAACUCAGAAGACAUUUAGCAUAUGUGGGCUUUCCUUGACUUGGCCACAAGCAGAUGAGCAAGAGGGCCUGUCAGGGCCUAAGGCUUAAAGCAUGGGUACUUUAAAUAGAAUAUGCCAGACAGGCCCUAGGGAGACAUGACAGGUACAAGAGACUUUCCUUCUUUUUUUUUUUUUUCCCCUUAAUUUAAAACCCAGGAAUGCUCAUUUUUGACCGGUUGUACUUUUAUUAAAAAGUAUGAAUCAUGAGCAAGUAGUCAUGCAGGAAACUUUAUCCUCUACCCACCCACCCAUGGAAAAGGCCAGUGCUGGAAAUUAGAAGCAGGAAAUGAGUGAAGGUAGAAAAGGGGAGUGGGGUGGGGAGCUGCAGCCUUAUCUUUGAGGAGCAUUUGGGAGGGAAGGGCUCCCCGAGUCUGCUAGCAGGAACAGAGAAGCCUGCCAGAACGUACAGAAGACUGUCCCUGCCAGUGAAACCAAACCACCUUUUGAAACUUUCCACUGGGGCCGUCUUGCAGGUGGAGCUCUGCCUGGUGGGGGUGGGAGCAGAGGUGAGGAAAACAGCAGGAAACGAGCUGUUUCGGGCUUAAAGUUUGUCCAGAUGCACUCUGACUUGGUGGAAAGACAGGACUGGGAGUCCCAAGACCUGAUUUAACAUCCUGACCUUGCUAAGUAUCUACGUUACUUUGAGCAGGUUGCUUCAUCCUUCUGAGACUCAUUUUUAUCUCCAAAAUCAGAGACAAGGAUACCUGCCGUUUGAACGGUGGUCAGGGUGGAUGAUGUGAGGAAAUGUAUGUGAAGGCAGGUGGCAAAGUGUAAAGCACAGAACAGAUAUGAGUGCUAUCUGCAUAUCAGUUCACCUCCACUCGAAAAAAGACUCAGGGUCUAACCUGGAGGAGGCGUCACCCCCAACUCCCUCCCAGCCAGCAGAGGCAGAGCCUUCCCUGCCCACCCCAUGCUAACUGUUAAGGCUUGCCCUCUAUCUCCAGCAUCUCCAAGACCAUGGCUCGCUUUUUUUUUUUUUUUUUUUUUUUUUUUGCCUAGUGGAAAGGAGCUGGGAAAUAUGGCUUUGGCCAGUGCAGGAGAAGGGCCCUUUAUGUGUACCAGCAAAGAC